GUAGCAGGAAUUCCAUACGUGGCAAGAAGUCUGCUGUAAGGUCUUGGCAAAAUGGCAAGCCUUCUGCGUAUUGCUGUUAGUGGGUGCUCAACUCCUCUUUUUGGCAAUGUACUACCACGUAAGGCGCGUUCUGCAGAGAUGCUGUGUUUGCGAAUGUUUAGAACCCACCAGAUGCUCACAUCUCAGGCAGCUCCAAAGCCAGGAAUUCCAUAUAAACAGCUGACUGUAGGUGUCCCCAGGGAGAUAUUUGAGAAUGAGAAGAGAGUGGCUCUAUCACCGGCUGGAGUUCACGCCUUGGUUAAACAAGGUUUCAAUGUCGUGGUGGAAUCUCGUGCUGGAGAAGCUUCCAAAUUUUCUGAUGACCAUUACAGAGAAGUUGGAGCAAAGAUCCAGGGAACCAAGGAAGUUCUGGCUUCUGAUUUGAUUGUCAAAGUGAGGGCUCCUAUAUAUAACUCGGAUCUAGGUGUACAUGAGGCAGAUCUUUUUAAGACGGCGGCUACCCUCAUUAGUUUUAUCUACCCAGCACAAAAUCCAGACCUCCUGAAAAAACUUGCAGAAAAAAAAACUACUGUCUUGGCUAUGGAUCAGGUUCCACGGGUCACCAUUGCUCAGGGAUAUGAUGCGCUUAGCUCCAUGGCCAACAUUGCUGGUUACAAGGCUGUUGUACUGGCAGCAAAUCACUUUGGUCGAUUUUUCACGGGUCAGAUUACAGCUGCUGGUAAAGUUCCUCCAGCAAAGGUCUUGAUCAUUGGAGGAGGAGUUGCUGGCCUGGCUUCUGCAGGAGCAGCUAAAUCAAUGGGUGCAGUCGUUCGUGGAUUUGAUACUAGAGCUGCAGCUCUGGAGCAGUUCAAGUCUCUUGGUGCUGAGCCUUUGGAAGUAGACUUAAAGGAAUCUGGAGAGGGACAAGGUGGUUAUGCUAAAGAAAUGUCCAAAGAAUUUAUUGAGGCUGAAAUGAAACUCUUUGCCAAACAAUGCCAGGAUGUUGAUAUUAUCAUCACUACAGCACUUAUUCCAGGCAAAAAAGCUCCCAUUUUGUUUAAGAAAGAUAUGAUUGAGUCAAUGAAGGAGGGUUCAGUUGUUGUGGAUUUAGCUGCAGAAGCAGGGGGAAACAUUGAGACUACAAAGCCUGGAGAAAUGUAUGUUCAUAAGGGUGUUACACACAUUGGCUACACAGACCUGCCUAGCAGAAUGGCUACUCAGGCCAGUAGUCUGUAUUCCAAUAAUAUUAUCAAACUCCUAAAGGCUAUUAGUCCUGACAAAGAGAACUUCUACUUUGAUCCAAAAGACAAAUUUGAUUAUGGGACUCUGGAUCAUGUUAUCAGAGGAACUGUAGUAAUGAAGGAUGGCAAGGUGAUUUUCCCAGCACCUCCACCAAGUAACAUUCCUCAAGGAGCCCCUGUGAAGCAGAAGACUGUAGCAGAGCUGGAAGCGGAAAAAGCAGCUACUAUUACACCUUUUAGAAAAACUAUGACUAGUGCAUCUGUAUACACAGCAGGUUUAUCCAGCAUGUUAGGACUGGGCAUUGCAGCUCCUAAUGCUGCUUUCACACAAAUGGUGACAACAUUUGGCCUAGCUGGAAUAGUGGGGUACCAUACAGUAUGGGGUGUGACUCCUGCUCUUCACUCUCCACUCAUGUCAGUGACCAAUGCUAUCUCAGGACUAACUGCCGUUGGUGGUCUGGUAUUGAUGGGAGGAAACUAUCUCCCUGAAAAUGCUCCACAAAGUCUAGCAGUGCUUUCAGCCUUUAUAUCUUCAGUCAAUAUUGCAGGUGGGUUCCUAGUUACACAGAGAAUGCUGGAUAUGUUCAAACGUCCUACGGACCCUCCUGAGUACAACUACUUGUACCUACUUCCUGGUAGUGUAUUUGUAGGAGGCUAUGCAGCUGCUCUCAGUGGUGGCUAUAAUAUUGAACAGAUGAUGUAUCUGGGCUCAGGCUUAUGCUGUGUUGGUGCCCUGGCUGGUCUGUCCACCCAAGGAACAGCUCGUCUUGGAAAUGCUUUGGGUAUGAUUGGUGUUGCAGGAGGUUUAGCAGCAACUCUUGGAGGCCUUAAACCCACACCUGAACUGUUGGCGCAGAUGUCAGGUGCAAUGGCACUUGGUGGUACCAUAGGUUUGACGAUUGCUAGACGCAUCCAGAUUACAGAUCUGCCUCAGCUAGUGGCUGCUUUCCAUAGUUUGGUUGGUUUGGCUGCUGUGCUUACUUGUGUAGCUGAAUAUAUGAUUGAAUUUCCUCACUUUGCUACUGAUCCAGCUGCAAACCUCACCAAGAUUGUGGCCUACCUUGGCACGUACAUUGGUGGCGUGACUUUCAGUGGCUCUCUUGUGGCAUAUGGAAAACUGCAAGGUAUCCUGAAUUCUGCACCACUGCUCUUGCCUGGUCGACAUGCAUUGAAUGCAGGAUUGCUGGCUGCCAGCUUUGGUGGAAUGAUUCCAUACAUGAUUGAUCCUAGUUACACCACAGGAAUUACUUGCUUAGGUUCUGUCUCGGCUCUCUCAGCCAUAAUG